AUGGACAAAAUCUCUCUUAACUCAUCGUCGACACAAGAGCAACGUAUGCUAUUGGAAGACAUAGAAGCAAUCAUAGGCCAACUAGUGCAAAGAGGUGAAAAUGUCGACAAUCAGCACAUGUAUCAAAAGCUGCUUUCGAAAUUUCCGGUCGGAAUCCAACGAAAAGCUCUCCACAAAAAGAUCACUCCACCCGACGAACCCUUCACCAUGCAGCAGCGGUUAAAAUAUUUUGAAGAGGUUAUAACCAGCGAGGAACUGAUAUGUCGCCAGACCAGUUCAACACCUCCUCGAGAUACAGUUAGCUUCAACAACAAAGUCAAACAUUGGAAGUCGUAG